AGUCGACUUGGACUAGCCCAUCUCUGACGCUGACGAACUUUUAACAAAUGUAUUGAUUCUAGCUUAUGAAUGAUAGAGGUUUUAAACGGGAAUUAGACAAAAUACAAGUUGUAUGCAUUGACAGACAAAAUAAUUGUGAAUGGUUUGGUAUACUAAAAGAUUAUCAGGAACAUUAUGAUAAAUGUCAUUCAGAUCAUCUUUGUAUGUAUUGUCAUGAAACGUUUUUAUCAAAAUCGGAUCUGGAUAAACACAUCAAUGACACAUGUCCAAAAGCUGUAGUGUCCUGUUCGUUGACUCAAUAUGGAUGUCCAGAACAUAUUGAAAGAUUGGAUUACGGAAAUCAUUUAACAUCCGCUGAACAUCAAAGUAGCGUAUUAGAAUGUCUCAAGCAUUUCCAGCAACACUUUCAUUUGAGAAAUAAUCAAAAGAAUAUGAAGCAACAGACGAAAAUGGAGUAUGAGAGUAGAGAAGAGCCAGCGUCAAAUCAUGCUAUAAUUCCGUUAAGUGAUUGUUAUUCUCAAUUACAAACAUGCAGUGAGACAGUCAUGAUUUUAUCACAGGGUAUUCAAACGUUGAGUCAUGAUGCGACUAGGUUGAGUACAGAGGCUCUAACACAACAAAGUCUGAUGCAAUUGGCUCUUAGUGAAGUUAAUCAAUUAAAGAUAUCGAUAGCAGAAAAGGAGUCUAAUUCAAAUGCAAUUGCAUCAAAUCAGGAAGCUCUUCUGCAGGAACUAUCAAGUUUAAAAGAAAAAGUUGCGAAUAUCGAGUUUGUGUCCACUGAUGGUACUCUGACUUGGAAGAUAACCAACGUCUCUGAUAAAAUGACAAAUGCACAGUCUGAAAGACCAUCAAGCAUCUACAGUCCCCCAUUUUAUAGUUCUCCAGCUGGGUAUAAAAUGAAGGUACGAUUAUACCUUUAUGGCGAUGGGAAUGCUCGUCGAACGCACAUCUCAUUAUUUUUUGUAAUAGUGAGGGGAGAGUAUGAUCAAAUACUCAAAUGGCCAUUUAAUCAUACGGUAACAUUUUGUUUAUUGGAUCAAUCCGGACAGAAUCGACAUGCUAUUGACUCGUUUCGGCCUGAUACAAAAUCGAAUAGCUUCCUGAGACCACAAUCUGAAAUGAACAUUGCCAGUGGUAUCCCUAAAUUUUUUCCUCUGCCCAUGAUUCAGCAAGAUAAUAACAACUAUGUCAGAGAUGACACGAUGUUUAUUAAGGUUAUUGUUGAUUUUGCCGAUUUAUCAAAAAUGAUCCUGCCAUAUAUGCUGAGUCUAAAUCCAGGCUUACCGCAUCAUGUACAACAGUACAUAAUUCAACAAGAAAUUCAACGAAGGCAGAAUCUUGCUCAGACUCCAGUCAGUCCGCUUCCUAAUCUUGAGGCUGUUUGA